AUGGCCUCGCCGGAACUCGCUGCCACGACCGAGUUCCAGCUCGCGCUCCCGUUCACACUCCAGUCCGCCUCUCCGUCCAUUGCAGCCUGCCAUGCGGCCAGAGUGCGUCUGCUCCACCCGGAUCACCCCCCUCUAUCCCCCUCAAAUUGCCCCAAGUGCGGCCGCUUCCUCCUCGACGGUGCGGGAACCGUUCGCAUGACCCGCAUGAAACACCCUCGAUCGCGACUCAAGACCAACGCCCUCGCGCGUUCCAUUCAACACAUCUGUCACUCUUGUGGCCAUCUAACUCGUGUCCCCAUUUCGGCCGGAAACGCAUCUUUGUUCGCCCGUGUUCGAGGGCACGUCUCAGAGCCCAAGGUCUCCAUCAGAGCCAUCGAUCCCCCCGCCAUGCCUCACCCCCCCAAACACGAUCCCCUUCAACCUGGAGAUCCGCCGAACGGCCGCUCCAGAGCCUCGUCAUCUAUGACCGUCCCUCAACCCCAAUCUCCCUCCCCCGCGCCCACACCCACGCCCCUCAGCUCACAGCCUCGCGCAUCAAAAAAGUCUCGCCCAAAAAAGAAGGCUGGCUUGCAGGAAAUGUUGGCCAAAAAUAAAGAAAGACAAGCAAAGGAGAAGGCAGGGGGUGCGGGAACCACUGGCUUGGCUGCCUUUUUGGGUGGUCUAUGA